CCCGCGCUGCACGACGACACACAACCCAGCGCCCUGCGAAUAAUCCGAUAGAUCCAUUCAAUUGGAUUCACACCCUACAUCUAAUUACCAAUCCGAUAUCCUAUCCAUCUCCGACAGCUUCUCCCCAGCUCCGUGGGCUACGACCACGUCUCCUUUGUCCACCAUGGCCUCCUUGGCCGCGUCCGUUCGCUUCUCUCCUCUCCGACAACACAUCUUCUCAUCCUCUCCACGCUUCUCCUUUACCUCUUGCGCCCGCUCACGAUUCCUCUCCACAACCGUCCGUUGCCGCGCCGCACAGUCCGUGAGGCCUCCUCCUCCUUCGCCCGCAGCACGCGCUUCAGCAACCGCCGCCCCGUCGAGAUAUGCAUUCAUAAAGAGCCUGGCUACCAAGCCGACUCCCACAAUCCUCUACGAGGGCCCAUCACACUUCUGGUUCUACUUUGGCUGCUGGUCCAGCGGCAUAUCCAUCCUGACAUGGACAGUGCUCACGGGCCCUACCGUUGUGCAGCAGCCAGAAGGCGUACCAGAAUGGGUCAGCUACGUCUACGGCGCAACAUAUGUGCUUCUCGGAUCCAUGGGCUUCUACCUGAUAUCCAAGACGCCCAGCAUUGUCCACUCGAUCCGCGUCAUGCCGCCCUCCGCACUCGCAGGCGUUAAGACACCCACGACAACCUCGGCCGCCGGCAAAGCUGCUUCUGCUGUCGCUGCCGCAGCCCAGCAGCCCCAGAUCGAAGUCAAGGUCAAGCGUAUGCUCCCUAUCCUGGGCUACAAGACCAUCACGACAAGCCUCGACAAUGUCGUCCUCAAGACGCGCUUCUCUCUGCCCGAAGAGUUUGUGCCCCAGCUUAAGCGUCUCGAGGCCCAGCGCGCAGAGGAAGCAAAGCGAGCCGCGCAAUGGAAGUUCGACAAGGAGCAUCUUCUCACGUUGCCGUUCCGCCAUCUCGCGCGCGGUGUUUCCGGCUUCUUCCAGGGCGUUCGUGCGGCGUGGACAGACAUGGGCUACGGCGUCAUCAAAGUUAACGGCAAGGCGUACAAGGUGGAUGUUACCCAGGGCUUUGCACACGACGGCUUUAAAACCCUCGAGAGGCUUGUCCAGAUUGGAGCAUAA